GAUAGAGGACUACUGCCUCCAUGACAUGGUUCUCUCCCUCCCAGCUCUUGGGGCAACAAAGGCCACCAUUCCGUCUAGCCGCCAGUCCCCACCUGCACAGCCUAAUCGCCCUCCUCCUCGGGCACCAAGACAGGAGGCGCCAGCUCCUCCAAAUCCACGCCCAGCUCGUUGCCCACCAGCCGUUCGGCCAAAGUCCCGCACCGUGGCGCGUUCUCCUCAAGGCCUACUCCCACGGCCCUUUCCCCCAGGAGGCCCUGCACCUCUUCAGGCACGCGCGCCGGUUCCUGGCUGAUGACACAUUUGCCUUUGCCUUCGCUCUGAAAGCUUGCGCGGGUCUAGGGUGGCGACGAGCCGGCGCCCAGCUCCACGGGCUUGUAAUCAGGAAGGGAUUUGAGUUUCAUGCCUACGUGCAUACUUCCCUUGUCAAUGCGUACGUUGUAUGCAGGUGUUUGGAGGAAGCUCGAAGGGCGUUCGAUGAAAUGCCCGUGAAGAAUGUGGUCACUUGGAAUGUGAUGAUCACUGGAUUAGCUGCGUGGGGUCAGGUUGAGAAUGCAAGGAUUCUGUUUGAGCAUAUGCCCUGCAAGAAUGUUGUCUCGUGGACCGGACUGAUUGAUGGAUAUACACGUGCUUGUCUUUAUGGGGAGGCUGUUGCUCUCUUCUGCCACAUGAUGGCAAGAGGCGUUAGCCCGAGCGAGAUAACUGUUUUAGCAGUGAUUCCUGCAAUGUCUAAUCUUGGAGGGAUCCUUAUGGGUGAGAUGCUGCAUGGCUAUUGUGAGAAGAAUGGUCUCGUGUCAGAUGUCCGUGUCAGGAAUUCACUCAUAGAUAUGUAUGCUAAGAUUGGCUCUGUGCAAAACUCACUAAAGGUGUUCAAUGAAAUGCUGGGUAGAAGAAAUUUGGUGUCAUGGACAUCGAUAAUUUCAGGUUUUGCGAUGAAUGGGCUGUCAAUUGAGGCAGUUGAGCUGUUUGCAGAGAUGAGAAGGGAAGGGAUUAGACCCAACAGAAUCACCUUCUUGAGUGUCCUCAAUGCUUGCAACCAUGGGGGCCUGGUGGAGAAAGGAUUAGCAUUUUUCGAAAGCAUGGUUUAUGAGUAUAAUAUAAAUCCAGAGGUCAAGCAUUUUGGGUGCAUCAUAGAUAUGCUAGGUAGGGCUGGACGAUUGAGUGAGGCUGAGCAAAUAAUAGAGGGUUUGCCUGUGGAGGUUAAUGUAGUUGUAUGGAGGACACUGUUGGGUUGUUGCAGUAAGUAUGGAGAAGUUGAGAUGGGGCAGAGGGCGAUAAAGAAGAUACUGAAUUUAGAAAGAGAAUCUGGAGGUGAUUUUGCAGUGUUGUCUAAUAUGCUUAAUGAGCUUGGUUGGUUCAGCGAUGCUGAACAAGCACGAAAGCUAGUAGAUGGGAGGAAAACCGUUAAGGUUCCUGGGCUUGCUUUGGUUGGUGAAAUUCGGUAGUCAACAUCAGUUGUUGAGUCUAAUAAGAACCAAAUCAUUGGAAUAAGCUCUCUACAUUUUGUUGCAACUGAUUCAUCUAUAUGCUGUUUGUGUGAUCUGAUAUAUGCAAGAUCUGUCUUUGAUGAGAUGCUAGUUAAGGAUGUAGUGUACUGGAAUUCCUUGAUAGGUGGAUACUUCCAGCACAUACUAAAAGAGGUUCUGGCAAUUCAAGUCAAUGUAAGAUGAAGUGCAAGCUGAUAAGGUUACAAUGGUCAACCCGUCAAGGUGAUUUCAGCUUGCACUUGUCUAGGAGAUUGAAACAUGGCAGAUUGAGUGAUUAGGUACAUAGAGGGAUAUUGUAUUGAGGUGGAUGUGUACCUGAGAAAUACUUUGAUCAAGUACUAAGGUAGAAGUGGGCAGGUGCAAUCAGCUUUCACAUGAAGGAUAAAAACACCAUGACACUGAAUACAAUGAUCACCACAUACGCAAAAGGAGGGAAUUUGGUCUCAAUGAAGAAACUAUUCAAUCAAAGUUUGCAAAAAGAUUUGGUCUCAUGGAGUUCUAUGAUAUGUACGUACUGACUGGCUGGUUGCUUCUCUGAUGCUCUGGAGCUCUUCAGGCAGAUGCAGAGCGCCAAGGUGAAAGCAGAUGUAGUCGUGAAUCGUGAUUGCUAAUGUACUUUAUGCUUGCACACACUUGGGUGCUCUCGGUAUUGGUAAGUGGAUUCAUGACUUCAGAGUGCGGGAGCAUGCACCGUGCAGGUGCUACAAGUCUUCAGAGAAAUGAAAGAGGACACCCUGUCAUGGAACUCAA